AUGAUUUGGACGAGAAUAUUUGCAUUAUUUUCGGCAGUUAUUUUUGAUCUAGUCUUUACGCAAAAUACCAAUUCAAUUUUGAUGAAUAUUAUGGAUGGAUGGCAAUUUCAAUGUGCUACAACAACUUGUUUACCAUAUGCUACGGUUACUGCAUACAGUAUUUUUCAGUGUCAAAGUAGUUGUUUACGACAAAGUCAAUGCAUGGCUAUUACUUUUCGUCAAUCGAUUUCUGAAUGUCAAUUGUUUACUAAUUAUACAGAACAAAACAGCAGUUUGGAAACAGCUGUAAAUACGGUUACCAUGAGAGUUAUUCCUGGCACACGGAUACCCUCCGUAUCCAUCACCACAUCAACUUCAACAACAACAACAACAUCAUCAUCAUCGACCUCAGCAACAACAUCAACGUCAUCAUCGACCUCAACAACAACAUCAUCAUCGUCAUCAUCGACCUCAACAACAACAACAACAUCAUCAUCAACGUCAUCAUCGACCUCAGCAACAACAUCAACGUCAUCUUUGACUUCAACAACAACAACAACCACGUCAUCAACGUCAUCAUCGACCUCAGCAACAACACUAUCUACCGGUAUGUAA